GCUUUGCAAUUUUAAAAUGGGGGAGAAGUAACGGUCCAUCUGACGAAAGACUUUGCAAUUUUUAGAGUAAAAACGAAAGUGCAUACUUUAGGAAAUAUUUAAUAUAUAUAUUAGAUUUAUGACUAUUUUGCAGUUUUAAAAUCAAAUAAAUCAAUUCAGAAGCACUGCUAAAUGUUCAAACUACUUCAUGGUGCUUGUAGUACAGUGAAAAGAGUUUUAAUUCCCGCAUCAGAUUUUGCUGCAUUUGGCGCUCCAUUGACGCAACUUGUCAAGCAUAACAAACAGUCACCAUUUAAUUCUAUAAAGAUACAAGUGCGACACAAGUCCACGGUACGAUCUUAUUUGAAAGAUUUACUUACCACCAUGUCUGCUGGUGCUAAGAUGAGCAAAGACCAAGCACAAAAAACAGAGUCUGUUCAAGUUAAAGAAGUUAACGAAAAGCAGGACAUUGGGAAUCCUUCAGAAGCGAAGGAAGAAGGCAUUACUCUGACAUCACAACAGAAACGGAACAGGAAUCAAAAUCGUAUUCGCAAGUUGAAAAAGGAGGCUAUGAACAAUCCGAACAAUGCCGAAGCUAAUCGAAAUAGAAAAGAAACUGCUCCUUCUACCAAAAAAAGGAACAACAAGCAUGGUAAAGAAGAUAGUAAAAAAAGCGAAAAUGCAAGUGAAAAGUUACCUCCAUACCUUCUUACUCCCAGUCCGGGCGACAAAGGCAAACCUGCUAACCGCAAAAGGACUGAUAACGAAGAGAAGAAAGGAAAUGGUCAACAAAGGAGUAGCAAACUUCCCGAAAUCAACUUUCAACCAUACAUAACGUUCAAUGAGUGUUCACAAGGCUUGAAAAGAGGAGAGUUGAUCCAAGGCGUUCUGAGAAUAAAUCAGCGAAAUUUUCAAGAAGCUUACAUCACUUCCGACGCAGGAGGGCGUGACAUUCUCAUGGAUGGCGUUGCUGCCAGAAACAGGGCGCUACCUGGUGACGUUGUUGUAAUCAAAAUACUUCCCAAAGAAAAAUGGAAAAGAUAUAAUCAACAUUCGCAAGCAGACAAUGUUGCUGAAAGUGAUAGCGAUUUUAGUAGGACCGCCAACGUUGUGUUCAUUCUUGAAAAGAAGCACCCGAGGCUUGCAGCUGGUCAUCUGAAUGUCUAUCGCAAUAACGCUUUCGGUUUUGCUUUAAUGUCACCUGUUGAUAACCGGUUACCUCGAUUAAUGAUACCGUUAAACGAAUGUCCUGAUGAUUUCAAAGCUAGACCAACCGAUUACGCAAAGACUUUGUUUAUCGCUCGAAUUUCAAACUGGAAUUUAAAUGUGGCGUUCGCGUCAGGUAAACUUAUGCGUAGUUUAGGAGAAGCAGGUCACAUAGAACCUGAAACUGAAGCUAUGCUUAUUGCAAACGAUAUUGAUAGUUCUCCUUUUGAAAAAGAUGUUAUCGAUUGUUUACCAAAUGGAGCUACUUGGCACAUAACAAAAGAAGAGUUGAGCAAACGGAGAGACUUGCGAAAGGAGUGUAUAUUUACCAUCGAUCCAGCCACUGCUCGUGAUUUAGAUGACGCACUGUCUUGUAAGAAGAUCGGUGAAGAUUUGUACGAAGUCGGUGUACAUAUUGCUGACGUCAGCCAUUUUAUAGAACAAGGUAGUGCUUUAGAUAAAGUUGCUACGCAACGAGCCACUAGCGUUUAUUUGGCACAGAAGGUGGUGCCAAUGCUACCGUCUGUUUUAUGUGAACAAUUGUGCAGUUUAAAUCCUGGUGUGGAGCGGCUUGCUUAUUCAGUCAUUUGGAAUAUGACUUCGAACGGAACCAUUCUAAAGGAAUGGUUUGGAAGAACAGUGAUACGUUCAUGUAUAAAACUAUCCUACAACCACGCACAGCAGAUGAUUGAAAGUGCUGAAGAUGAUCAAUUAAAUCCGGAAGAAUACCCUGCUGUAGACGGCGGAUUUAGUUUGGGAAAAAUCCGAGAUACCGUUCAAUUGUUAUUUGGUAUGUCCGAUUUUUUAAGAAAGAAGCGAUUUCAGUCGGGUGCUUUGAGACUGGAUCAACCGAAGUUAGCAUUUACACUCGAAUCUAAAACCGGUUUACCCAACGGAUGCAGUGUAUAUGAGUACAAAGACAGCAACCGUAUGAUUGAAGAAUUCAUGUUAUUAGCUAAUAUGGCUGUUGGUCGAAAGAUAUAUGACGCUCAACCAGACAGGGCUAUUUUACGUUGCCACCCUCCUCCACACCCACAAAUGAUGGAAGACUUACUUAACCAGUGCAAGUUGUAUAACAUACCUUUCGAUAUAAGUGAUAGUUCUAGUAUAUCACAAUCUCUUGACAGAGUCUCUGAGAUGGAGCCCGGAGUUCGGGAUUAUAUGUUACCUGCUCUUACCUUAAUGUGCACCAAACCGUUUCAGAAUGCUAAAUACUUCUGCACCGGCAGCGUUGAAGAUGAAUCUGUAUACAGACAUUACGCUUUAAAUGUUCCCAUUUAUACUCAUUUCACAUCGCCGAUACGUCGGUAUCCCGACGUCUUAGUCCAUCGUUUUCUGACAGCGGCUUUAGACGGACAAUUCGAAGUGGCAUCGGAAGCAAAAGAAUUGCAGAAAAUAGCUGAACAUUGCAAUGAUAAGAAGUGGGCGGCGAAGAAAGUAUCGGAACAAAGUUCACUUCUCUUCUUUUCUAUAUAUGUAUUAGAAUGCGGCCCGCUUGUGGAGAAAGGAGUGGUCGUUGGAAUACUAGAUCAGGCAGUUGACAUUUUAUGUACGCGGAUAGGUAUGGUGCAGCGAGUUUAUUGUGAUAAGUUGUCCUUGUUUCGUCAUGAAUUCAAGAUGGUGGAUCUUAAGCCGCAAAUGACUCUGCAUUGGGUAGAAGAAAAAACUGACGAAAAUGUGGAUGAAAAGCUUACAAAGUUGACAAAACGCUUUGAAAGAAACUGGGUGCAAGGAAGAAACGGAAAGGAAAAAGAUCCCAAAGAGUGUGAAGAACUUCCAGCAGUUCCCGAUGACGCCAUGACACAAACUUUGCAUAUGUUCUCACCUGUCGAUGUCGUGUUAAAAGUUGAACGACAAUCUCCAACAAAAAUACUGGCAUUCUUACGCAGUCCGUUUGUCACCGAUACCCCAGACAUAGGGCUUUAAACAGUUUUUCUAGUAGUAGCACUAGUGAUGUUAUUUGAGUUUAUUGUAAUGUUUUAUUUUCUAUUAGGAAGCUUUGGAAGAGCUUUUCUCUUUUAAGUUUAGCCUGCGAACUAAAUUUAUUGCAAGAAAUUUGUGCUGUCAGUGACAUCUAGACUUUUAAUUUUUAAAAUGACGAAGUAUGCAUGCACCUGCAAUACGGUUGUGUUAUUAGUUAUGUUCGCACUUUUAGUUUUUAAGCUUUUAAACGACUUUAAUGUUUUUAUUUUUACCUCAUAUUUUUUAUAUAGUAGUAUGGGAUCGCAUUUAUAUUUUCAAUGAGUUUAAUUUCCUACUAUUUAGAAUGGAACUACCUUAAUUCAAGAAAUUUUCGCUCGCAGCUAAUUUUCGGGCAAAGCCCUUGCGUAAAUCCAGUGAAGUUUUUGACCGCAAAUCAGCUACACAAAAAGUCAUUUUUGUAAAACAAAAGUUAAGAUUUAUAAACUUUUUGAGAAGUGCAACACUUAGAUUUGUUAUUAAGCGUUGUUUCUAUAUAUUACAUGCGCGCGAAAAUAACGUGUGCGCUAAAUCUAGGUGCGCAAGAGAAAGUGUGCAAAAAAAGUGCGCAAAAGAAAGUGCGCGAGUUUAAAAUUUGAAUGUUUAACUUAAACUUGAAGAAAAAUUUCAUGAAUUAAGGUUACAUACACAUCGACUUAUUCGAACGUGUAGUAAGUGGGAAAAACCUGUUCGAGUGUUUGAAUGAAGGUGGAUUUCCACUCAAAUGCAAAAUUAAUCGGAACGGAACAAGAAAUAAUUAAAUUUGAUUGGUUAUGUGCUAAUUAUUCUUUUGUUUUUUUUUAAUUUUUUUUGUUCCUGUCCGCAAGAAAAGUUUAAAUGGGAACGAGAAAUUUUAUCAACCAAUUAGAUUCUAGAAAUCACAAUGGUCCGUUGUCGGUCCGUUGUCUAUGUCGUUUUUAAGUGGAAAUUCACCUUAACGAAACAAAAAAUGAGGCGGAGUCUUCGAGUUAACCGCCAAUUGGGUUAGUGGAUGGGUGGAGUUGCUAUGAUUUUAAUUACACCCACACUAAAAACAAGGAGUGUUUUUUGCUUAGAAGAGUUUAUGUAGCCAAAUUAAAAAGUACCAUAGUUAUCAGUGCAAACCUAAUCAAGCUUCCACCAGAACACAUCUUUUAUAUAAUCUUUAAGAUUUGUGCGUUUAAUCAUUCGGUCGCGCACGGAAUUCCCAGCUGUCUUAAAUCUUCAAUAGGAAGCAUUCGAUUAUUUUAGAGAAAUCUUAGAAAAAUUGUUUUGUAAGAAUGAAUAUUAAUUAUUUGCAAGUUCUAUGUCAAACUUUACAUGAAGUUCUUUUAUCCAACUCAUUUGUGAAAUCAGAUUACGCGGUUAUAAAAUUUGUGCUGUUAUUUAACUUCUAUUGUACUUUACUAUUAUUCCUCCUUAAAAACAGAAUUUUGCGGGUUAAUAAUACUCAAAUGGAAAUGGUCAACAUAAUUUAUUCUGGCGAAUUAAAUAUCUUCUUCAGGAUAGAUACUUUGUGAGUUUUAUUUAUCUGCGUAAAUUUUUCGCCAAGAGUUGAUUUUUUUGGUUUAUUUAACCGACAUUUUUAGAGCCGAGGAGGUUUUUAAUAUAAUUAUGAAUUUAAGCAUUGUGAGAGGUAUUAUUUAACAUUUCUAAAAUUAAAUAAUUUGGCAAAGGGAAGCAAAUCCCGAAUCGAGAA